AAUGAAAAAGAAUAAUCGAAGAAAGUAAACAUUAGAAUAGCAAGAAGAUUAGUAAAAAAAGAAAACAAAAUUAGAAAUUCUAGAUGCUGAUCAACAUAUUUCAAAAUAUAAUAACAAUUUGGAUAAUUUAAUUGAUAUUUUUACAAGGUAUGGAAGAGAAGAUGACUUCACAUAAAAUCUUAUGACAACCUCUAAAUUAUCAAAAAUUUAAAAAAUUCAUGAUUUAAGUUUGGAUAACUUUAAAAAUGAAUCAUUUACAUUUGGACCAAUAAUUGAGAAUGGUGAUUUUUUAUAAGGUGACAAAGUAUAAAAAAUUGUAUCAGUCAAGAAGUCUUUUUUAAAUGGUAGGUUGAUUGCUACAAUAUAAUGGAGACCAAGGUAUAUCUUAUUAUUUAUUUAGAUCUAAUGGUACAAUCCCAAAAUCUAAAGAAUAUUUUACAACAGAAGUUGCUAAAUAUGCUCCUAAAGAACUAAUUAAGUAUUAUAAAAGUAGAAUGGUGACAACAACGAUUAUUGAAUAGUAAUAAGAUUGUUGAUU